AUGGGGAAGUGUAGUGGGGGCGGCGCGUGGUGGGCGUUCCUCCUCCUCGCCGGGGUCCUGCUAGCCGCGGCGGCGACGGCCGGCGCCGCGGAGGAGGUAGCCGACCGGGACCCCAAGGGGGACCUGCAGUGGUGCAGGAUGGGGUGCCAGUGGCAGUACGGCAAGGACCAGGGCCGGCGGAGCGAGUGUGAGCGCGAGUGCCGCCAGCGGCACCGCGGCCAGGACGGCGAGAUGCAGGAGGAGGCGGCAGCGGACGUCGACGUGCUCCGCUCCGGGAGGGGCGAGUGCCGGUGGAGGUGCGUGCGCCGCUACCAGGACCAGCCGUGGCGGUUGCAGGAGUGCAUGACCCGGUGCCGCCGCCGCGAGCAGCAGGGCGACGGCGUCGAGGAGGAGGAGGGCGAGAGCGUCGGCGCGUACAACUGCAAGAAGUGUCGGGAGCGGUGCGAGCGCCGCCCCGCCGGGGACUGGCAGGAGAAGCAGCGCUGCCUCAUGGAGUGCCGCUGCCGUGACGGCCCCAUCGCCGACGAGGAGGAGGACAACGACCGCUGCAGGCAGCGGUGCCAGCACCACCACGACCACGACAGGAAGCAGCAGUGCGUGCGCGAGUGCCGUCGCCACCACCAGGGCGGCCGCGGCGACGCCGACGAGGACAACAACUACUGCUCCGACCGCUGCCAGCAGAGCUGCCAGCGCCACGGCGACCGUGAGACGCAGCGCCAGUGCGUGAGCUGGUGUGAGCGCCAGGAGGGCUGCCGCCGCCGCGACGGCCCCAUCGCCGACGACGAGGAGGACAACGACCGCUGCAGGCAGCGGUGCCAGCACCACCGCGACUACGACAGGAAGCAGCAGUGCGUGCGCGAGUGCCGUCGCCACCACCAGGGCGGCCGCGGCGACGCCGACGAGGACAACAACUACUGCUCCGACCGCUGCCAGCAGAGCUGCCAGCGCCACGGCGACCGCAAGGCGCAGCGCCGGUGCGUGAGCUGGUGUGAGCGCCAGGAGGGCUGCCGCCGCGGCGACGGCCCCAUCGCCGACGACGAGGAGGACAACGACCGCUGCAGGCAGCGGUGCCAGCACCACCGCGACUACUCCAGGAGGCAGCAGUGCGUGAGCGAGUGCCGCCGCCAACACGGCGGCGGCUGGGAGGCGGCGGUGGCCGGCGCCGUCCUCCAGGUGGUGUGA